AUGUCCCCCAUGUCUGCACCGGAAGAGUCGGACAGGUCGGAAGAUGAGUUCGAAGAGGGGCCGUCCAACAAUGCGGCGACGCAGCAGUCUAAGAGAAGCCAACGAGGUGGGUUAGCAUUCCCCUGGACGUCCGACUGUCGUUUCGUUUUGAGAUGCGUUGGGCUUAUGGUGUGGGUGUCAAGCUUGCGACAGAUGUCGGAAAUCCAAGAGCAAAUGCCAGCCUGGGCCGGAUGGCCCGACGCGCUGCAGAGCGUGCGCAGCGGCCAACAUUGGUCGGUGCAAUUGCAUCUGUUCAAUCUUAUCACGUCGCAACCUGAUUGCAAUUCAGGACCCAGCUUUAGGCGCGGUCCCCCAAAGGGUUAUAUCAAAGCAUUAGAGCAUCGUUUGCAUCAAAUGGAAAGCACAUUAGCGGCUAUCAUGACAUCUAAGGAUCCUCGCGCCCAAGGUGUGAUAGCUGACUUACGCAGAGAUUCCAUGGCGCGCGAUAUCCUCGAAGGCGUUGAUACGGGUCCUUUUGGCCCCACCGGUAGGGUCAAGCGGUCUGUUGACCCAACACAGGACAAUUUCUUUGCUUCAAUUGUCAGCGCGGCACCUCCGAAGCAAGCGAGCGAGCGGUCCCGACGUCAGUCUAGGAUGAGUCGUGAAAGUGUCACAAAGAAAGAUCCCUCCGUGUUAGAGCGGCCGACGCUGGAGUGGCAAGACCGUUUGUCGGAGGCACUCGCACUGUGGGCGGCAAACCCGGAUACCCCUGAAUAUCCGCGUGGUCGAAGACGGGAUCCCCACAUGAGCAGUACAGAACUUCCUGCCAUUUCUGAGUCGUCUCUGGAACCAGCCCGACAAAGGCGCCGACUGGAUACGACCGCUCUCGCUCCUGAUACUACUUGGAACGACUUACACGAAGCUUCAGACACUGACAGGGAUGAGUUGGAAGACUGCGCCGAUGCAUUUGGUAAUCUGUCAAUUGACGAGAACAAAGAGGUGCGCUAUCACGACAACACCUGCGGCCUGUAUAUCUUGGCCAGCGACAAAAGAUGGAACAGGCGCAACUUGGGUGGUAUAUGGAACUUCCCUAUGUCACAUUUUUGGCCUGGCAUAGUCAGUGCGCCCGCAGAGUACCUGUCGCGCGAUGGGCGCCCGACUUUGCCCCCGCUUGAUGUUCAAGAACAUCUCAUAAACACAUACUUCACGUAUGUGAAUCCUUGGCUGCCCGUCAUCGACCAGGAGGACUUCGUGGAGCAGUUUCGGGCAUCGCAGUACGAUACUCUCGCGUACAUCUGCGUCAUGCGGCUGACAUUUCUUCCCCAUGAGACAAGCGCCCCAGGUGUCGAUGAAGCUACGCAGACCGUUAGGCCUGAGCGGGUACAGAAGAUCACCGAUCUAAUGUUGUUCUCCAUGUUUGCGUUCGCUGCGCACUACUCGAACCGCGAUUUGCGAGACCAUGAGGCACGCCACAUUCCGGAUGGUCGACAACUGGACAUGGGGGCUGAGUAUGCAGCGUCGGCCCGUGCGGUCCUGGACACGAUGUAUCAAUCGAGUCGUACGUCAACAUGCCAGGCUCUGAUUCUGCUCGGCAUACGAGAGUUUGGUGUAGGUUACCUGGAAGUCGGAUGGUUGCAUGUUGGUAUGGCUCUGCGUAUGGCAUUUGAUCUUGGACUCAAUCGCGAUUCUGCCAAGUGGAGGAACCAUGGAGAACUGCUUUUCACACCGGCACAGACUAGUGUUCGGAGGAGAAUAUGGUGGGCGUGCUGUUUGGCGGAUAAGUACACUGCACAGUUUCUAGGACGACCAAUGGCAAUACACGAAAGCGAUUUCGCAACAUUACAUCUUGAUCUCCCUGAUGAUGAUGGUGUUCAGCUGUGGGCACCAAAUCACCCUUCACCAUCGGGCCAACAGAUCUCGCCUGUUCCUGCCAACUAUAUCAACUAUUCACGUGAAAUAUCAUCGUUGACGAUAUUGCAUGGUGAAGUUGUGGACAAGAUCUACCCCAUCACUCGCGAUCCCACUAGCGCUGGGUUAAUGCACGUCAUGAAAUUGAAGUUUUAUCCCACCGACGUUCAAGCAUUGACAGGUCUGCAAGACUGCAUUGACGCAUGUGCUAAUUUGCGGGCGUGCUGGCCUAGUGCUACACGUGUACGGGACCUGCUGAGGGGUGCCGGCAUCCAGCUGAAUCUAAGGCAAGAAGCCCUCGUCGAGAACCCUCGGAAAAGACCCAUGCCGAUUGUCUUCCAAGACGAUGGCAUCAAUGAACCUGCCCUUCACUCGCAUACACAGGUCGGCAUAUGGUCAUCAGCAGCCGCUAGUACGGCUACUCAACAGCAUCCGCUCGAAGCGCAGGCGCCGAUCUCUCAAGUACCAUUCAAUAUGCCUAUUGCCCCCACGCCAUCGUACCCUCUGCAAAACCUAGCAACCGGCCUUGAAGAUGGCUUACUGGCAGAUCUUCUUGGCCCAGUGACGCCCGGCACCGAUUCAGCGAUUGCAAUGAUGCCUGCGUUCGACUGGUGGCCCACCGUGCCAACAGCAGACGACCUGUCGUUGCCUCAGGGACAAUUCCAGGAGCCGUUCAACAACGGAGCGUUCGUGAUGCCAACUCAAUCAUUCACAUUCGACACCAACCACUAUUCCCCGGAUUUCCUGCGCGGGAUCAGAGACCCGAUCUUGCAUUUCCCCUCACCAAGCUACCUUCAAUGA